AUGUUUACAUCGGCUGCACUAAAGUAUGCUGGCAAAGGUGGAAAAGAAUUGGAGAAUAGCAACAAAUAUAUAAAAAUUGGUGAAAAGUAUCAUUUAUGUUUCAAGAUGAUCAGAUGCAGCCAAACGCUGAUUAGGAUAAUACUGCACAUGCUCUUCAAGAAACACAAAUUGCAACGUGUCAACCACUUUCCACGAAGCUUUUUGUUGACAAGAAAAGACAAAUUAUAUGAGUGCUUAAGACGGGCUCAGAUUUUGUUCGGAAUUUCUUAUAAUAUAAUCCCGGAAUUUUUCGUUACCCCUAAAGAGUAUAAAAAAUUGGAAGAUCAUUUCAAUGCCCAAACCCAUGGCUUAAAACCUUUCAUUGUGAAACCUGUGGCUUCUUCUCGGGGAAAUGGCAUCUUUAUUGCUCAGAGUCCCCGAGACAUACCACUCGGAUCUACCAUGUUGGUUUCUCGCUAUAUUGAAACUCCGUACCUGCUUAAUGGAUAUAAAUUUGAUUUGAGGUUCGUUUUUCUCUUUCCCAUGCAGUCUUAUAUCUUUGUAGUUUGA